AUGGCCUCCCAGCAAGCCAUGGAUGCGAUGCCGGACACGUGCCCUGAGGCGGUGCAGAACCACAACGGGAAUGCUCAUCGGGAGUUUUCAGACACAAACCCAGCCAAUUACGGCACCACUGGCGCAACUGUUCUGAGGCUUCAUUUCUAUCACAGCGACCAGGGAGAGUCCGACUGCAAAUUCCUGGGCUACACUGCUGGCGAUUACAUAGCUGAGGAACUGUGCAUUGAUGCCGCCAAAGCGUGCAGUAUAUCGCCUCUUUACUGCAGCCUCUUUGGCCUCUUCAGGGAGCGAGACUGCCUAUGGUUUUCGCCCAACCACAUUUUCCAACUGGACGAAUCUGCCUCCGAAGAUUUGUUUUUUCGAAUAAGGUUUUACUACCCUGGCUGGUACAGCGGUGGGGCGUCCCGGGCCUUCCGAUACGGCGUCACUAAAGGAUCCGAAAGUCCUGUUCUGGAUGAUUAUGUCAUGUCGUACCUCUUUGAUCAGUGGAGGAAUGAUUUUAUCACUGGUGCGGUGAAGAUUUCCAAUUCCCACGAGACCCAAGAGGAGUGCCUGGGCAUGGCCGUAUUGGACAUGACGCGCACCGCCAAGGAGAAGCAGAUGUCGCCGCUUGACAUCUACCACGCUAUAAGCUACAAGUCGUUCCUGCCAAAGGACAUGCGCCUGCACAUCGAGGAUUGCAGCUUCCUGACGCGCAAGCGCAUCCGGUUCCGUUUCAAACGCUUCGUGCAGCAGUUCAGCCAGUACCGCACCACCGCGCGAGAUCUCAAGCUCAAGUACCUGAUCAGCAUGGAGUCGCUGGAGAAGGCCUUCUACACUGAGACCUUCCGGGUCCGUGAGGCGGCCGGCGGUCCGCUGGUCCUGCUGGUGGCGGCCGACACUGGCAUCCAGUGGUGUCGCGACAAGCUCAAAGAUUCACAACAGGAGCUGCAGACGCUGUGCGACUUUCCAGAGGUUGUUGAUAUCAGCGUCAAACAUACCAAUAAAGAAGCCGCCUCAGACAGCCGCCUCGUUGUUAUCAACAAGCAGGAUGGCAAGAACCUGGAAUUGGAAUUUCCAGGUCUUUCUGAAGCGCUAUCCUUUGUGUCCCUCAUCGACGGCCACUACCGGCUGACGGCGGACGCGCAUCACUACCUUUGCAAAGACGUGGCACCCCCUAGGCUGGUGGAGUCCAUCGCCUGUCAUUGCCACGGCCCGGUUUCGAUGGAGUUUGCCAUUAAUCGACUCCAGAGAUGCCCCAACAAGCGAGGCUUGUACAUAUUAAGGUGCAGCCCCAAGGACUUCAACAAGUACUUUCUGACGUUCCCUGUUGAGGUGUAUGACUCAUUCGAGUACAAGCACUGCCAGAUUACCAGAUCCUCCAGUGGCGAAUUCAACCUCAGCGGAACCAAGAGAAACUUCAGCAGACUAAAGGAUCUCCUGGGUUACUACCAAAAGGAAACUGUGCGCUCCGACAGCUUCGUUUUCCAGUUCGCCAAGUGCUGUGCCCCAAAAUCCAAAGAAAAGUCCAGUCUGCUGAUUUGCCGGCGGAACAAGGUUUCUGAGGUGCCUCCCUCGCCAUCACUGCACCGACCCAACGUUAGCCAGAUGGUCUUUCACACCAUCAAGAAGGAAGAUUUGGAGUUUACUGAGAGUCUCGGCCAAGGGACAUUUACCAAAAUCUUCAAAGGCGUGCGCAAGGAGCUUGGUGAUUAUGGAGAGGUGCACCAAACUGAAGUGGUCAUGAAAGUGCUGGACCAAGCCCACAGGAACUACUCAGAGUCUUUCUUUGAAGCAGCCAGCAUGAUGAGUCAGCUAUCACACAAGCACUUGGUGCUCAACUACGGCGUGUGCGUGUGUGGCGAGGAGAAUAUCAUGGUGCAGGAGUAUGUGAAGUUUGGCUCUCUGGACACCUACUUGAAGAAGAAGAAGAACUCGCUGAACAUCUUGUGGAAGCUGGAUGUGGCCAAGCAGCUGGCCUGGGCCAUGAACUUCCUGGAAGAUAAGCAACUGGUCCACGGAAACGUGUGCGCCAAAAACGUGCUCCUGAUCCGAGAGGAGGACCGGCGGGUCGGGAACCCGCCCUUCAUCAAGUUAAGUGACCCUGGCGUUGGCAUUGCUGUCCUGCCUAAAGAUGUUUUGAUCGAGAGGAUCCCUUGGGUCGCCCCCGAGUGCAUCGAGGACCCUGCUAAUCAGAGCCUGGCGGCAGACAAGUGGAGCUACGGCGUCACGCUGUGGGAACUCUGCAGCGGUGGCGAAAGGCCCUUAGCGGCGUUGGAUGACUCCAAGAAAAGACUGUUUUACGAGGACCGGCACCAUCUUCCCGCACCAAAGUGGAUCGAGCUGGCCAAUCUGAUCAUCAGCUGCACCGACUAUGAGCCGACAUCCCGACCGACGUUUCGUGCCGUCAUCCGAGACCUGAACAGCCUCUUCACGCCAGACUACGAGCUGAUCGUGGACGGCGACAUCCUGCCCAGCCGGACGGCGUCUGCCUGGAUGACGGGAGGCUUCGAGAGUCGGGAGCCGGCCCAGUUUGAAGAGAGGCACCUCAUAUUUUUACAGCAGCUCGGAAAAGGUAACUUUGGCAGUGUGGAGAUGUGCCGCUAUGACCCCCUGCAGGACAACACGGGCGAGGUGGUGGCGGUGAAAAAGCUUCAACACAGCACAGCAGAGCAUAUUCGCGACUUCGAACGCGAGAUCGACAUCCUCAAGUCUCUGCAACACGACAACAUUGUCAAAUACAAAGGCGUCUGCUACAGUGCUGGCCGAUGCAAUUUGCGGCUGAUCAUGGAAUACCUUCCCUUUGGAAGCUUGCGAGACUACCUGGUGAAAAACAAGGAGAGAAUGGACCACAGGAAGCUGAUGCGCUACACUUCACAGAUCUGCAAGGGCAUGGAAUACCUGUCCAGCAAGCGCUACAUUCAUCGCGAUUUGGCCACGCGCAACAUCCUAGUGGAAAGCGAGCAACGGGUGAAGAUUGGCGACUUCGGCUUGACCAAAGUUCUCCCUCAGGACAAGGAAUACUACAUGGUCAAGGAGCCCGGAGAGAGCCCCAUCUUUUGGUACGCUCCCGAGUCGUUGGGGGAAAGCAGGUUCUCCGUGGCGUCGGACGUUUGGAGCUUCGGAGUGGUGAUCUACGAGCUAUUCACCCACAGCGAGAAGAAUUGCAGCCCUCCAGCCAUAUUCAUGUCGAUGAUGGGCAACGAUAAGCAGGGCCAGUUGAUCGUGUACCACCUAAUGGAGCUCCUCAAGUCGGGCAGCAGGCUGCCGCAGCCCGUCCUCUGUCCGACCGAGAUGUACGAGAUCAUGGUGGAGUGCUGGGACAAUCAAUCCGGCCUGCGUCCGUCUUUCAACGAGCUGGGCCUGCGUAUUGACCUGCUCCGGGAUGCUGAUUAA